CAUUAUGUCACAUACUGAAUAAUCAGAAAUGCAUCCCGGAAUGUAAAUGAUGGAUAUGAGAAUGUAUAUGAUUAUAAAUUGGGAUUACAAAGUUCGAUUUGUCUUUAAUACGUACUUCAUUCAUUUAUUACUAUUAGUUGGAAAUCAACUACAUAAGGUGAAUUUGUUGGCGGACUAUUUGUCACUAUGUUUUUCUGUGUUUUCCUUUGUUUAUUGCCAGUUUUAAAAGGGUAUGCAGAGAGAUAGAAGUAUGCAUUCAUAUAACAAGAUCUCUAUUUUUGAAGAUAGUAUGGCAAUUACUAGCUGCUACAUAGUCAUCCAUUACAAUGUUUUUGUUGAUGACAGUUAAUGGUAAAUAAUAAGGAUAUAAUAAAAGGUUGGGUUUUUCUUGCAAUGGCCCUUGGUAUCGGAUUUGGAAGUUUUAUCUUCUAUCCUCAAAUGCCCAUUAGCGAAAAACAUUAAAGAGAAGACGAUCAAUAGGUAUUGGAAAGAGUAAAUUGAUUUAUUAACUAU